UUCAGGAAGAGCGCUGAGUGCUACGUGUCCAGUUUAACGGAACGAACACAAACUUUACUAACUUUUAAUCUGUGUAAAUCUCCAAAGGAUUGGAUCGUUGGAAAGAGUUGCUGUGAGGCAGUAUGGCGGAGUUGAAAAAGCAGAAAACGGACCUGCAGAGAGCGACCAAUGUUGUGUACCAGGCUCACCAUGUUAGCAGAAGCAAGCGUGGCCAAGUGGUCGGGACCAGAGGUGGUUUCCGUGGCUGUACUGUUUGGCUUACGGGACUGUCUGGUGCAGGAAAGACUACUAUUGGAUUCGCUUUGGAGGAAUAUCUGGUUUCUCAUGCUAUUCCUUGCUAUUCGCUCGAUGGCGACAACAUUCGUCACGGCUUAAAUAAGAACUUGGGCUUCACAGCAGCAGACAGGGAAGAGAAUGUCAGACGUAUCGCAGAGGUGGCUAAACUGUUUGCGGAUGCUGGUUUGGUUUGCAUCACUAGUUUCAUUUCGCCGUUUACUAAGGAUCGAAACGAAGCCAGGAAGAUCCAUGAGAGUGCAGGUCUGCCUUUCUUUGAGGUGUUUAUAAAUGCCCCGCUGGAGGUGUGUGAGAGCAGAGAUGUGAAAGGACUUUAUAAAAAGGCCCGUGCUGGAGAAAUUAAAGGUUUUACAGGAAUAGACUCUGACUAUGAGAAACCCGAAUCUUCAGAGCUCGUGUUGAAAACAGGAGAGAUCACUGUUAAUGACUGUAUUCAGCAGUUAGUAGAUCUCUUGAAGGAACAGGGUAUUGUGCCCACCAGUGUGAAUGAGGAGGUGAAUGAGCUCUUUGUUCCUGAAAACAAGCUGGACUUGGUACUGAGUGAUGCCAACAUACUCCCCACUGUAACCAUCACAGAGCUGGAUUUGCAGUGGGUGCAGGUUCUAUCUGAGGGAUGGGCGACUCCACUGAGAGGUUUCAUGAGAGAGAGAGAAUAUCUUCAAGUCUUACACUUUGGAACUUUGCUUGAUGGUGGGACCAUAAAUAUGUCCGUGCCCAUCGUGCUGCCCGUAUCCAAGGACGACAAGGAGAGAUUGGACGGCUCUGCUGCUUUUGCCUUGGAGUUCAAAGGUCGUAAAGUCGCGAUCAUGCGCAACCCUGAGUUUUAUGAGCACCGCAAGGAAGAGAGAUGCGCCAGGCAGUGGGGGACGACAUGCCCCAAACAUCCCUACAUUAAGAUGGUAAUGGAGAGUGGUGAUUGGCUGGCCGGUGGAGAUUUGGAGGUGUUUGAGCGAAUUAGGUGGAAUGAUGGUCUCGACCAUUACCGUCUCACUCCGCGAGAGCUACGACAGAAAUGUAAAGAAAUGAGAGCAGAUGCAGUCUUCGCCUUCCAGCUCCGCAAUCCUGUUCACAACGGCCACGCGCUCCUGAUGCAAGACACAAAGCGACGUCUGCUAGCACGAGGGUAUAAGAAGCCCGUGCUGUUGCUACAUCCUCUGGGCGGCUGGACCAAAGAGGAUGAUGUACCUCUGGACUGGCGCAUGAGGCAGCACGCUGCUGUGCUGGAGGAAGGGGUUCUGGAUUCAGCAAACACCAUUGUGGCCAUUUUCCCCUCACCUAUGAUGUACGCGGGGCCUACAGAGGUACAAUGGCAUUGCAGGGCUCGUAUGAUUGCUGGGGCUAACUUUUACAUCGUAGGACGUGACCCAGCAGGUAUGCCUCAUCCAGAGAAAAAGCAGGACUUGUAUGAGCCCACACACGGUGGAAAAGUGCUGACCAUGGCACCUGGCCUCACUUCUCUGGAGAUCAUUCCCUUCAGAGUUGCCGUAUACAGUAAAGUUAAGAAGGCCAUGGACUUCUACGACAAGGAAAGACACAAUGAAUUUGAGUUCAUCUCAGGAACCAAGAUGCGGAGCCUCGCCCGCAGCGAUGAGAACCCCCCAGAUGGUUUCAUGGCUCUCAAAGCAUGGAAAGUCCUUGCUGAGUAUUAUGGCUCUUUGAAAAAGGACCAGUGAACAGUAGUGUGAAU